GCCCCGGGCGGGCGGUGCCGCCGCGCCCGACGCCUCAGGGGGUGGGGACUUUGCAGGAGUCGCGGCGGAGACGAGGAGGAGCUCCGGGCGCGGCGCGGCAGGCGGGGGCGGAGGCGGAGGCGGAGGCGGAGGCGGACGGGCUGCGGGCGGCCGAGGCGCAGAGCACGCGAGGCGGCCGGCGGGAGACAUGGACCGCGGCGAGCAAGGUCUGCUGAGGACAGACACAGUACCCGAAGAAGGAGAAGAUGCUGCAGCCACACUCAGUGCCACAGAGACCCUUUCAGAAGAGGAACAAGAAGAGCUGAGAAGAGAACUUGUAAAGGUAGAAGAAGAAAUCCAGACGCUGUCUCAAGUGUUAGCAGCAAAAGAGAAGCAUCUAACAGAGAUCAAGAGGAAACUUGGAAUCAAUUCACUACAGGAAUUAAAACAGAACAUUGCCAAAGGAUGGCAAGAUGUGACGGCAACAACUGCAUAUAAGAAGACAUCUGAAACCCUGUCUCAGGCUGGACAGAAAGCUUCUGCUGCAUUGUCAUCUGUUAGCUCAGUCAUCACCAGAAAGCUGGAAGACGUAAAAUUGCAAGCUUUUUCACAUUCCUUUAGUAUACGCUCCAUUCAGCAUUCAAUUAGCAUGCCUGCUAUGAGAAACUCUCCGACUUUCAAAUCAUUUGAAGAAAAGGUUGAAAACUUAAAGGCAAGUAGAGAGUCUAAAGUAGGGGGAACCAAGCCUGCUGGCGGUGAUUUUGGGGAAGUCUUGAAUUCGACUGCAAAUGCUAGUGCCACCGCCACAGAGCCGCCUACAGAACAGACGCAGGAGAGCCUGUGAGAUUCCUACCUUUGUUCUGCUACCCACUGCCAGAUGCUGCAAGCAAGAUCCAAGCACAUCUUGUCAACAUUCAUUGCCAUGGAUUUCUACCAGAUGUGCUUUUAUUUAGCUUUACAUAUUUCUUUGACCAAAUAGUUUGUGGGUUAAACAAAAAAAAGAAACUACCUUCACCUCUACUUCUGGGAAACACCCUUUAAUAUGUAUCAAAGGUUCUUUAUUUAGGAAAUAGCAUUAUAUAAAGUCACAUAUAGUACCUGGGGAUGCUCACUAGGAUGAUCUGAGAAGCUGCAGGUGAUCAUAGUUGCUUUCCCACUUUAUAAAAUUGCUCUGCAUCUGGGAUGCCAGUUCACUCUUUUGUCUUCUAUAAGAUUUUUUUUCCUUUUUGAAUCUCUGCAUAUUUGAUUCCUAACGAAAAUUGUUCUUUUAAAUUUUGGGAAUCCUAGUUAUUAAAAGCUUCAGUAUCAUUUUUCUUUACUUUAAGGGAAGAACUACUAGCUACAAAAAAAUCCCAUUUUUGAAUAAACACUUCUUCACAUAAGGGAAUCUGAAGAUGUCAGACUAAACUAAACAGUUCUACAUCCAGUUUGUUAUAACUCUAUAAGUGACAGUAUGUACAGUUAUUCAAAUUGUUGGGUGACUUGAGUGUAGGGCCCUUCACUCCCAUAUCCCUGUUAAUUGCCAUUUGUGACUAACCAUUUCAGCUCAUUGGUUAUUUUACCACUUAUAUCAACUUUUUACCAGAUUCAAGUUUUAAGUUCAGAGUAAACCGACAUCAUUCUGAGUCAAGCAUACUGUAUUUCAGUAGGCUGAAAUGUGAGUGCACCCAUCAAUGUUCAAGUGUUUUAGACCUAGUUGUAAACAUGCUAAAAUCAACCACAUUAGGGGAGAGAUUGCUGUCUCCACAAUUAAUCCAUUUAGCAUCCCUUAAAGUAAGAAGUACACAAAGUUAUGACUGUUAUAACUUGAACAUUUUUUGGUGAUAAUUCCUGAGGAUGUAAUGCAUUAAUAAAAAUCAGUUUAUCAUUCUCUACUUGUUUUCAGUGUGUUAGAAAUUGUAAAAUGAUACUGUAGACAUUCCCCUGCUGUGAGAGCUGAUGAAUCAAAGCCUUUGGACAGAUCUGCAUAGAGGCUGAGGUUCUAUAUUAACUACUGACUCACCACCACCUUUUCCUUAUGCUGUAAAUGUAAUGGCUCACAUUGUUCUUUAUCAAGUUGUGAUUGUUUUAUUGUUUAUGCCAAAUGUUAAAUUGCCAAGCUUGGAGUGACCUCAAACAUUUUUAAAAGCAUGACUAGAUUUCUUCAGGAUAAAUUCUUCUAAACACAAAAUUUGGAAAGCCCCAAGUGUUGUUAUAAAAUGACAUGCUGCCAUUCUUGAUUGCUAGAGCUUGUUGGCACUCUGAUGCAGUUGACACUGUACUCUAUUACAUGUGAAAAGCUUAAUAAAUUCUGUGUAUCAGUAGUAUAGGUCUUUAUAUCUAUUAUGAGACCAGUGGUCUGGAAAUAGUUUGUUGUAUUAAAGAAUCAACUGGUACCUAUUCUUUAAAAAAGGCAAUUAAAAAAAAUAAUCCACUUUAAACCACUGCUUAAUGGUAUCGGACUACCAUUCUACAAUUUCCUUCUAAAGGCUUUAAGGCAAAAGUUGAAGCAUUGACCCAGAAGAAAGAUCUGUAGAAAUUUGUCACUAUAGAAAUAUUGUUAGUUGUUCAUCAUAGAUGUUAAAUUAUUUUUCCCAACAACUAGUUUUUAAAAAAUUGUUGUUGCUUUUCCAUCAACUUCAGUUCAUCACAUUGUUUCUUGGGUGUCCUGCCCUGUUCAUGUCUUCUCAACACUGCCAAAUAGAGUACAAUGGCAAUUUCUUUAGUUGGGAGAAAUAUUCUCUUAUCUUUUUAUUGUGUAUAUGAGAAAAAAAUGAUAGAAAUUGGGAUGGGAAGUGGCACAAGUAUAUGCAGGUGAGUACUGGGGAUGGUCAUGAAAGAACUGGAGAAUCAUUUUUGUAGACAUCUUUCCAAUCUACAAACCAACCAAACAACCAACCAACACUUGCUUCUUCAAAGUAAAAAGAGUGAGGAUGAAAUAAAACAUGGAUUUAGACAUACUAUGCAAAAUGCUCUUUGUAGUAGAUUCAAUAUUAGGAAAUCACAGGUAUUUAAGAAAUUUGGAAAAGUAAUUAGGAAAACCAGAAAGAGGUCCUGACUACUCUGUUUUGUGUUAUGUGUGACACUACAAGAAAACAGCAGGAGAGUGAAAUCUCAAAUAUUUAAGGAUUGAAGGUUGACAGAAGAAAAUAUAAAUGAAAACAAUCCUGUCUUACAAAAUAGGAACGCCUUCAAAUUAUGGAGUUUGUGGGAAUGUAGCAUGAUUCUUAUGCUUGUAAGACCAAAGUAAUCAAUGAAGAGGGAACACAUUAAUUGGAUUAUCAUCCUAGCAAAUUAAUUACUGCAAUACAGAAAAAACGCAACUUGGACUGUUCCUUGAUCUGUUAAGAUAUACACACUAUUUUUUUGUAUAGUAUUUGAAAACAAUAAAAAUUCUCUGAUUUGGG